UGCUGGAGCGUCAGAGGUGGAUUUCAACACAUAAACUGGCAACCGUGUUCAGUUCUCCUUGUGCUUCUUUAAAGGCCGUUUUCUACUUGACAGUGUUGCAGAGAUGCAUCGUUUAUUUUCCAUGAUUUUACUGCUGUCCAUCAUUGGGCUGCACGUGGUCAUUCCUUUCCCAACAGAUAGUUCCUUAUGGAUCGUCGAAAAAAGUAUCGAGAUGGCUGUUGAUAAUGGAGGAGAGUGGGGCUCAUGGGGACCUGCAGAUAUGUGUCCAUGGGGAUCGUACGCCCGAGGGUUUAGUCUCAAGGUGGAAGAACCUUCCCAUUUUACACUCGAUGAGACGUCAGUCAAUGGGAUUCGUCUUUACUGUGUCAGUCCGGACAACAUCUCCAAGGUUGUUGCUGAAGUUCAGUCCAAAGUUUCAAACUGGGGUGAGUGGACAUCUGUCAAGUGGUGUAGAUCUGGAUUCUUGAAAGCUUUCAAGUUGAGAGUUGAAUCUCCUCAAGGAUUUGAAGAUGACACGGCAGCAACCAACAUCAUGAUCAGAUGCAGUGAUGGUAGUGAGCUAUAUGGUUAUGGCAUGGCCUGGGGGGACUGGGGCUCUUGGAGCAAAACCUGUUUGGGAAAAGGAAUUUGUGGCAUCAAGACUCGGGUUGAAGAGCCACAGGGAAUAUGGGACGACACCGCUCUCAAUGAUGCUGUCAUGUACUGCUGCGAUUAAGGAGUAAGAGGAUGAAAACAAGAACAGAAGAAGACCUGAUGGGUGGUAAUAAUGCUUAUACACUCAGACUACGACAGGAGGUUUUAGGCGUGACAGAAAUUAAUUGAUUAAAACUAACAUUUUAGUUCUUUUAGGAUAACAUCUUGUGUUAUGUGCUCAGAAUUAUUAGGUAAGUGAUUAUUUUGACAAUGUCAUCAUUUUUAUGCAGUCACAAAUCACAUAAAUAAUAUGUAUUAAUCAGUGAUUCAAAUUGAACGCUUGUUGGAUUUAAGCAUAUCAGGUGAUUCAACCUAAGUAAUUCAACAUUGUAGUAUUGUUAUGUGCGUGAUAAUUAGGUAGCAGCUUUUCCUCUGACAAAAUAAACCCCCAAAAAAUGUGUUUUAUUGACUCAGAAAAAUCUAAAAUUGUAAAUAAUCUUCCAGAGGGAGGCUCUUUAAAAGGAUAAGAUAUUGUUGCAUCACAUACAACCCAGAAAACGUAGUCUGAAAAAUCUGAAAAUGCAGUCUGAAAAUGACGUUUCUGGAGAGGUACCUGAAAAACGUCCUGGGAGGUACCUGUUUUUUACAGUUUUUGUUUUGGCGAAUCCGCCAGAGGCCGCUGUGUGCGCUUUUUCGCAUCUCAAAUGUCUCUUGCGAGUGCCGUUCACACCAGUGCUGUUCUCGUGUAAACCCACUAGAGGCUGCUGUCGACCAGCUGAAUGAUUGACUGGGCGAUCAGCCAAUCGACGGACCCACCCUUCUUCUUCCCUGAACCCAACCGAUUACCGAUUAAGCCGCCCACCCACUCACUUCUCCUAAACGCCAACCAAUGAUUUACAAAAGCAGUCCAACAAAAGAAAAGCCCUCGUCUGAUUUUUACCACGUUUUUGGAUUUUACCACAUUCUCACCGUUGUUCACUCAUUCGUUUUAUUUUUUGGAUUCUGUUUUUGUCUUACCUGAUUUCUGGAAACUCUGGUCAUCGUCCUCGUGGUCAAAGCCUCUCUGCGUCUUAAGUUCGCUGACGUACACGACGAGCUAACCGGACAAACUGGUUGCAGUGGGAAAGCCCUCCACACGGAGGUAAGCAGUCAGCCGGUAAGCUGCAAAAGGAAUGGCGUCUCACCGCCCCAUAGCGUCCACUUAAAACAAUGAAAUGCAGCCAUACGUACCUCCUGCUCCUGCGGUCUCCAGAAACGUCAGUGGGACUACGUUUUCAAAAUGUGCCUGGGUUGGUCACAUAAGCUGAAAUGUCAAGACUGUGCUAAGAAAUCCAUGAAGAGAAAGUUCAUUGAUUCAUUCACUCAUUUUCUUUAUGGCUUAGUCCCUUUAUUAAUCAGGGGUCGCCACAGUGGAAUAAACCGCCAACAUAUACAGCAAUUGUUUUACGCAGCGGAUACCCUUCCAGCCGCAACUUAUUACUGGGAAACACACAUACACACACACAAUUUAGCCUACCCAAUUCACCUAUAGCCCAUGACUUUGGACUUGUGGGGGAAACUAAAGCACCCGAGGAAACCUACGCGAACACGAGGAGAACAUGCAAACUCCACACAGAAACACUAACUGACCCAGCCAGGGCUCGAACCAGCGACCUUCUUGCUGUGAGGUAAACGUGCUACUCACUGCACCACCGUGCAGCUGAAGAGAAAGUUUUCAUUGGUUUUAUGUACUGAUGAGAAUGACUUCCUACACACAUGGCUGAAUCAGAAACAGAUACACUUCAGCACCGGCAAGGUGAAGGUAGUGGUACUGAUAUGUGCUGGUGUUAUUAAAAAUGAGCUAGAUGGACAUUUUUAGACUGAAGAUAGACUAAAUCAAACCUACUCCCAGUUUGUAGCACAUACAUCUGCACACAAAUCAAGAAGUGUGGUUUAUUUAUAAACUAAUUUUGAGAGGGUCAUGGUACCGCAUUAGCUCCGUAUAUUUGCACCAAUCAGAUGCAUACCGACACACUAUAAAUUACCAGAGCUUUCUACUCCAGUCAUCUUCGUGUUGAAGAAUCCAACCUUCCACCCCUACUCCUCCCCUUCUUUAAUAAGGCGGCACGGUGGCCAAGUGGGUAGCACUGUUGCCUCACAGCAAGAACGCCGCUGGUUCGGCCCUCUCCAAGCCGGUCGACUAUUCUGUACGGAGUUUGCAUGUUCACCCUGUCUUCACAUGGGUUCUCCCCAGGUUCUCCGGUUUCCUCCCACCAUCUAAAGACAUACACCAUAAGUAAAUUGACUAUUUCAAAAUAACAUCUUUCUCGAGACCUACCUGAGCUCAAACUCUCCUCUCGCCCUUCAAACAGGAGGGAGCCCCAGGCUCAAGGAUAUUCUGAGCUCAGGGCUCUCUCCCGGGACAGCAUGCCAAACAUGCUUUAUUAUCAAUCAUCAGCUAAGUGUGAACUCUUGAAGACCAUGAUGUUCAUGCAGCACAAUCAAUGCUCCAUUGCAUGCUCUGAAGUACUUUACCAAAAAUAAAAUUCUAACUUGCCUAAUAAUUCUGCACACAAUGUAGUCUGAGGUUUCUGUGCGUAACAUGUAGAAGUCUGGACGAUUAUACACAUACUAAAUAAUGUCAUGACUAACAAUAUACAAUAUGUAACAACAUGUUACAUGUAAGAGUAGCCAAUUACGUAUAAGUAUAGUCAUCAUGCUGUUUAUGUAUGCAUGCACCUUCAUAUAUAAACUGGGUCUUUGUUUGUGUUAGGGGAUUCUGUUUAAUCAUUUCUGCCACAAUUAAAGCAUAUUCAAAGGCA